UUUGUCCCUUUUGGUCUUUUACUUCCAAAAAAUUUCGAUCUCAAUCCGUUCGUUCGUUUCGAUCGUGCCGGCCGGUCCACGAAUCGUAGCCGCGUCUUUCGAUUUCGCGGGUUUUCUUUCUCAUCGUCUCUCUCCCGAUUGAAUCUAGGGUUAGGGUUCCGUUUCUUUCGCUCCCGUGUUUUCUCCCUUUCAUCGAUACCCGAUUUUUUGAUCUCUCAAGUUAACUGGUUUUUUUUAUCAGGAUCUACAUCACCCCUUAUCGGUUUGUCCCGAUUGCUUUGUUUUCUGAGCCCCGGCAAAUUUGAUACUUUCUUUAGGGUUUCGAAGGGGUUUUGCUUCCUGGUCUUCAGGGUAUCGAUCCGCAGAUCUGUUGUAGUUUUUUGUCCUUUAUUGUUCAUUUCAUAUAUCCGUUGUUUAUUUCAAUUUGACUUUUGUAAUAUUCUUUUCGGCGUCAUAGAUUUUUUGUUUGCAGAGAUUAUUGAUCGAUCCGUGAAGGUGGUAGCCUUCUAAUUGAAAUUUUUGAUCUUUAGGUCGCCGCCUUAAAUUGUUUUAUUUGUUAUUCUUUCUGUAAAUCCGUUGACCUUUUGGGUUCUGGGAGCUAGGGUUUUGAAAUUUGGUGGACUCGAGGGGGGUUGACUGACAACUUGUAGCCUUCUCAGGGGAGAUAAAACUUCCAAGCUCCUUUAAUUAAAAUAUUGUCUUUCGCAAUAUUGAGCCAUCUCUUAAAGGAUAUAAGUCGGCAGUUACUUGUGGAGGGCCCACCCCUUUUGCUUUGAUAUAUUCUUUGGGGCAGCCUUGAGAGGUUUAAGAUGCACUACAAUCGCCCUUUUGUUUUCGUUGAUCCUUACCAUGUUGCGUAUGAACAUGGUAAAAAAUUGGAGUGUGCUCUCCAUCUCGAAGAAUCUGCAGAAGUUCCUCUCUAUAAGCUUGACCAUGGGAAUUAUCAAAUAUCAGACAUGGAGUUCAAUAAGCUAAUUGCUGAAGCAUUAGAGAAUGGUAAACGUCAUUCUGACAACUUCGGCAGUGAAACGGGGAAUAAACGUGCAAAAAAAGAAGAUCAUGCUGGAAAGCUGAGACAUUUUGAAGGAAAUUCUCCCAUCACCAUUACCUCCGAAGAAAAACCUCUUUUAGAGGUGACAGAUUGGAAAACAACAGCAUCUGUUGUGAAUGCUAAUGGAAAAAGGCCUGCAGCAACCAAUUUGGUUGCUGCUACCAGACAAGGCCAGGCUGCUUGGGUGCCAUUCUUUCCAGGAUAUGAGUAUCUUUAUCGAGCUGGGUUCGACCAACUGGAAGAUCUUCGUUCCCCGCUUUUGGAGAAUUCUCAUCGAAAAUGCAUCCCCAUUGGACCUGAUCACCAAGCAGAUCUUCCGCAAUGGACGCCUCAGGAUUUCCAGCGCUCAGGAAGUCAGCUUGUUUCCCAUGCUUAUCAUUCGGCACCAAGCAAUGUUGUGCCAUCUCCACUUGUUACUGAGAAUAUUGAAGUCAGUGCUGAUAAAUGUGAUUGCAGUGAUGAAGGUUCCAUUAGAUGUGUGAGGCAGCAUGUGAUGAAAGCUAGAGAAAAGCUUGAGGGAUCACUGGGGAAGAAGUUCAUAGAACUUGGAUUUUCCGAAAUGGGAGAGGAUGUGGUAGCCCAAAGGUGGACUGAUGAGGAGGAGAAUUUGUUCAAAAUGAUAGUGCUGUCAAAUUCUGCUUCAUUAGGCAGAAAUUUCUGGACUGUUCUCCCUCACAAUUUUCCAUCCCGAAGCUGCAAAGAACUUGUUAGUUACUACUUUAAUGUCUACGUACUUCGUAAGAGGGCAGUUCAGAACCGAAUCGAUCCUUCAAAUGUGGAUAGCGAUGACGAUGAGUGGCGAGAGAGCAGCGAUGGUGAAUUUGAGACCUCAGAAGAGGAAGAGGAAGAGGAUUCUGUAGUCAAUGAUGACGCCUCAGAAGAGUUAGAUUUUUAUGAUGAGGACGAGUAUGAGAAGCAUCUUGUUGUAACAGAGGAUGAACGAUUCUGCCUCGGUUCGGAUGGAUCAACGGCAUGUAAAUCAAUGCCCCCUUGCAAGCAGUCCAUUGAUGAAAAUUCGAGGGAUUGUUCGUCGGAUCGAGAUGCUCAAGAUGAGUCCUGUACUUCGUUCGAGGGACCGUGUAAUGUUUCGGACUCCUGCAUGGAGAGGGAUGGGGAGAAUUUGAAUGUGGAACCUAGAAAUAGUUGUGUGUUUGGUUUUGGUGAUUAUGAGUAUGUUGAUGGUUCUCACGAUUCAAAACCAUGGGAAAUCAACUAUGUUAGAGCAAGAGAGGAAGAUUUUGAUUUCUUUCCUACCUGUAAUGUGCUUGAAGAGGUAUUUGGGAAGGGGAUGUAGGGAGAAUUAUGUGAGAGAUGGUUCCUGCUUCAGCCAUGUAUGCUUUUAUGGAUUCCUCCCAGCAGCUGAAGAUGUUGAUUUACAGAUCAAAGCUAUCCAAUUUUUCCUUGGCAAAUCCAUGUGGACAGUUAGGUAGAUUGUGUUCUAUAAGUAAAUAUGGCUGUCAUAUUUUCCAUGAUUGUAAUCUCAAUGAUGAUUUAAUUUCAUGAAGGAAUUAAACUUCUUAUUCUUGUAUUUUGUAGUUAUUUAUCCAUAUUGAAUGAUUUGUUAAUUUGA